CAGUUUACAUAAGCUACAAUUGGUAAGACAAACUAUUAACAAAAAUCAAAAACAGUAGAAAGAAAGAAAAACAUGUCAGGACCUCAAUGCUGUGAAAACCCACCCAACCUAAACUCAACUUCUGAAACAACACUAACAGGGUGUGUUGAAGAGCUUGGAGGCCUCAAGUGCUAUGUUGUCGGAUCCCCUGAUUCCAAGAUUGCUGUGCUCCUUAUCUCUGAUAUCUUUGGAUAUGAAGCUCCAAAUUUGAGGAAUCUGGCUGAAAAAGUUUCUGCUGCUGGGUUUUAUGUGGUGGUGCCAAACUUCAUGCAUGACGAUCCUUACGUACCUGAAAAUGCAGAGAGACCUUUGGGUGUUUGGCUUAAGGAUCAUCCAACGGAACAAGGUUUCAAUGAAGCGAAACUGAUUGUUGAAGCUAUAAAGAGCAAAGGUGUAUCUAAGAUUGGAGCUGCAGGUUUUUGCUGGGGAGCCAAGGUUACAGUGGACCUUGCAAAACAUCCUUAUGUCCAAGCUGCAGUGAUUUUGCACCCAUCCUUCGUCACGGUAGAUGAUAUUCAGGGGGUUAAGGUUCCAAUAUCAAUACUGGGAGCUGAGCAUGACCAGAUGUCUCCACCAGAGCUUGUGAAGCAGUUUGAAGGGGUUUUAUAUAAAAAACCAGAGGUUGAUUGUUUUGUCAAGAUAUUCCCUGGUGUUGUACAUGGUUGGUCCGUGAGAUACAAGGCUGAAGAUGUUGCAGCUGUAAAGUGUGCGGAAGAGGCUCACCAGGAUAUGUUGGGCUGGUUUACCAAGUAUCUCAAAUAAGAAGUGAUUUGUCUGGAUUGCUGCUAGAUUUUGGGUAUGUGUAAUGUGUCUUAGUGAGUGUGGCAGGUUUACUAGCUGUAAUGUGUCUUGAACUAGUUCCUGAAAUAAAUGCCUGUUAGGUUAUGAUGUAUUACUAAUACUUUCUUAAUUAUUGUUUCAAGAGUGCCUUGGCCUCAGAAUUUUAAACUGAUAAAA